AUGUCUGUCUCUAAAAUAAAGAUGAAUAAAAAGAAUAGAAAUUAUUACAAUAUUUUACAUUUAAUAUUUAUUAUUGUAAAUCUACAAAUUAUAUCAAUAAAUGCACAGCAAUAUAUUUGGGAGUAUGCAUAUCCCCCCGAAUCAAGUGGUUGUGGUGAUCCACCAACCAGAGUUUCUUCAUUUGUUGUUGGUCAGUGUUACACUUAUGAAAGUGGAAGUAUUAUUUACACAACCUCUGGAGCAUCAAUUACUAUGACCCAUUAUAUUGGUCAAGGGUGUUCAGGUAGUCCGAUUACCACUGAUUUAACUGGUCCUUGUUAUCUUAUUUUUUUAAAAAAAUACACAAUUCAAACAACACCAGUAGUUCCAUCAGAAGGUUAUCUUUAUUUUGAGAGAUGGGCAUCUUCAUCAAGUCCAUGUUCAAAUAUCAAUCCUAUUAAAACAGUUUUGAAACCUGGUGUUUGUAGUUUUCAGGAUGCAAGCUCUCUUUUUUUCGUUGGUUCUGCAAUUUCACCUUCUAGUUUAAGUUUAGGUUACUCUGGAGAACAUACUUGUCCGAGUCUUUCUAAAGUAACUUAUACUUCUUCUCCGUGUACAAACAAUGCUGAUAGAAUUAUGAAUGCUUUUAGUGUACCUUCACUUUCAAUCACAUUUAGUUCAAUCAGUUACAUUGGUUAUAAUUCAAUUAGUUUUACCGUUGAUGUUAAUUUCCCAUCCAGUACACUGAAGAUUCAAUAUCUAAGUGGUAGUACUUAUGCUUCAACAACUUGUAAUUCAAUUUCAAAUGGUCAAACAUGUACAAUUAACAAUAUUCCUACUGGAAUUACAACAAAUAUUAAAGCUACUCAAAAUGAAAUACCUCCAUUUGGUGGUCCUAGUUCAGUUACUUCAGGUACUUUCACAAUGCCAACACCUGAUUCUAUGAAAUCUCUAGAUGUCAUAAGUAAAACAACUAAAACCAUAACUGUAAGUUAUAGCUCUGUACAAGGUGUUAAUGGUAUAACUACUUUUGUUGUUAAAGCAGAUGGAAAAAUAGUUAGUGGAUGUUCAUUCUCUCAAUGCUCUAUCACUGGAUUACUCCCAGGACAAGCUGUAACGAUUGUUGUCAAUGCUGUUAAUUAUGGCACAGACUCCAAUAUCAUGUCACUUUCAUUAAGUACCUAUCCUGCUGUAAACACACCAACUCUAUCAAUCACAAAUACACCAACUUCAAUAACUGCAACAUAUCAAUCUUUAGAUGGAAUCCCAGGUGCCACAACCAAUCAAAUUCUUUUAAACAAUGUAAUCCAAACUCAAUGUACAUCUUCACCAUGUACAAUAUCUGGAUUGACUACUCUUUCCACUUAUAAUGUACAAUUAAAUUCAAUCAAUGAUGGUGAUUCUGUCCAAUCAGCUAUCCAAACAGUAAAGUUAUGGGAUUUCCUGGGAGUUCCAACACUUUCAACUUCAAUGAAAACUAAAAGUGCCAUAUUAAGUUUCUCAGUAACUGGAGGUGAUCCAACAUUAACAAGAUAUAGUAUAUCUGUAAAUGGAGAUAACUAUGCUGCAUGUCAAUCAAUUUCACUUCAAACUUGUACUGUCACUGGGCUUAUUCCAAGUACAUCUUAUAUAUUCGAAGUAGCCGCCUCUAAUGCAGGAACAAUUCAGUCCAAAUCAUUUUCAGCUUCAACUUAUUCAGAAAUCAGUGCUGGAUCAGUAUCUCAACAAUUAGUGACAACCAAGUUAAUUUCGGUGAACUAUGGUGUUAGUGGAGGUGUUGUUGAUGAGACAAAUUAUACCGUUACAUAUAAUGAUAUAAAUGCACCUGGUUGCAUUGAUAUACCAACAACAAAUUGUACAAUUAAUAAUUUACAACAAACAACAUCAUAUAUUAUUAAAGUAGUUGCUAUCAAUAAUGGAAAAUCUGUGACAAUGUCAAAUACUUUUAAUACCUUCACAAAUAUUGAUAUUCCGACUCUAUCAGUAAUUGGUACACCAACUUCAAUAUUUGCUCGAUAUUCAACAAAUAAUGGAGUACCAUCACCAUCAACUCUUUAUAAAGUAAUGUUAAAUGGAAUCGAAAAUUCAGCAUGUACUGGUACAUCAAAAGAGUGUUUAAUUGAAGGAUUGGUAACAUCAAAUACAUAUACUGUCCAAGUUUCAGCAAUCAAUGAUGGAACAACAACACAAUCAGCUAUCAAAUCAGUUAAGCUAUGGGAUAUCAUGAGUGAACCAAUUAUCAUAUCGAAAUCACUCACUCGUGAAAUUAAUAUCAAAUAUUCAGCACCAGGAGGUAAUCCACUAGAUACUUCAUUUGUUGUUACAAUGAAUGGUGUUGUUCUUACAUCACAAGAUUGUACUGAUACUCAAGCAACCGCAUCUGGAGAAUGUGUUGUGAACAACCUUACACCAAAUACUACUUACAAAUUUGAAGUUAAAGCAACAAAUGGAGCAAGUGUACUAAUUUCAACAUUGGAUGUCAAGACCUAUCCAUUGAUAUCAAACUUAAAAGUACAACUUGAUAGUAUCACAACCAAAGAAUUAUCAAUUUCAUAUUCUUCUGAAAAUGGUGUUCCUGAUGUCACCACAUACACUGUAUCAUUAAAUGGUGCCCCAGUGACUGGAUGUACUACUGUAACGACAUUACAAUGUAUAAUGAAAGGAUUAACAAGUGGAUCUAUUCAAACUAUUGAUGUUUCAGUAGAUAAUGAUCAAACUACUUUGUCCUUGCAAAGCAAGUAUGAUACAAUUAAAGAAGUAACCCAACCAAUAAUCACAACAUCUCAAUCUUCAAUCGAAUCAAUUGAAAUUAAAUAUCAGACUGAAUUUGGAGUUCAAGGUUCAACAUAUGAUGUUAUUGUCAAUGGAUCAAUUCUUUGUGCAAAUACAACAGAGUUGACAUGUAUUUUUAAUGGUGUAUUUCUUGGUUCUCUAUAUUCUAUUAAAGUUAUUGUUUAUAAUGAUGGAGCGACAAAGAAUGAUGAAAUAUCUCAUAAAACUUAUGAGUCACCAACAUCUGUAGAAUUGGAAACAAUUCCAAGUGAAUCAAGUAUUCUUGCCAAAUGGAAUUCAAGUAGAAAUGGUAUCCCAGGUUCAACACUUUACAAUACUUCAAUAUCUUACAACUCCAAGACUUGGAUUGAUAUUUGUUCAAUGAUAACUAAAUUAGAAUGUAAUAUUACCAAUUUAGGAUCAGCAACUAAUUACUCAGUUCGUGUCAUUGUAAUCAAUUCUUUCUAUGAACCAGUUAAGACCACAAGCACUUUAACAACUCUACAAUUCAUAAACAAUGGCAAUGAUUGCAAGAGAAGUGAAUCAUCACCAAUAUGUUCUGGAAAUGGAGAGUGUAAGAAUGAAAAAUGUGAAUGCCAAAAAGGAUGGUCUGGAAUAUUCUGUCAUAUUGAUAAUAACAACAAUAAUAAUGGAAAUAAUACAAUCACACCAAAUCCAGAUAAUCCAGGAAUUAUUAUUGAUAAUAAUGGAAUUAGUUAUCGUUUUGAACUAUUUUCAAUUAAAGAGAUUGAUGACACUUCAAAUACAAUCAAAACACUUUUAUUAUCAAAAGUUGAAUGGAAAUUAGAAUCAACAAAUAAUAAUUCGAUAAUUCAUCCAAUUACAAAAGAAAAAAUUCAAUUCUUUAAUUGGACAUAUUCAGCAAAUCCAACAUCAAUAGAAUUCUCAUCAAUUUCAAUAUCAUUCAUUCAAUACAAACAACUAAAUAAUAUGAUUUUAACAACAACAACUUUCCCAAUAGAAUUUGCAGGAAAAGAAUUCGAUAUCCAACUCGGAUCACAUAAAUACACGAUGAGAAUUGAUAAUUGGCCAUUUUCAUCGAAUUUGAAUUCAUUAGUCCUGACUACAAGAGUAUCAAACCCAAUAGGUCAAAAAGAUGGAUGUGGUAAUAUUUUAUCAUCAGAGAAUGGAGAAUUAUUAACAUCAAGUUCAUCAGGAGUAACAACAUUCAAUAUUGGUGAUGGAAAUGGUAAUUAUAUUGUUGGUAAUCUAUUAAACACCAUUAUAUUAGAUACUAUUCCAAUGAUUGCACAAUUCGAAUAUGUCCAAGUCAAAGGAUCAGUUGAGAUCAACACAAUUAUUCCAUAUUUCAGUGAAUUCGUUGUUGUUGAUCCUGACUUUAGUUUAAUUCUAUCAACUAAGAGUGAUUCUGGAUGUAACAACAGUGAUAAUAAAUGGAAAGUUAUUGUUGGAGCUGUUAUUGGAAGUGUAGUGGGUGUUGCAUUAAUUUUAGGUUUAGCUGUUUACCUCAAAAAGAGGCAUACUGCAAAUUUCUACAACAGAAAGAUUGCAAAUUCAUUAAAAAAAGAAAAUUCACUUCUUUAA